CUGAUCCGGAAUAACAAAGUCAAUAUCGCAAGUUGUACUUGCAUGCGCUGCACCCGCUUUCGACCUAGCCUCUAGAUCUACUGAAAACAACCACCGUUGAACUAGAAGACAUGGACUCCGAUACAAGCAGAGUGUCCAGUCGGCCGUCCUCUCCGGAGGGAGAUGAUUUGUUUCUCUCUGCGGUGAAGAAAUCAGCGGGUUUCUCGGGCGCAGUGUCGUCUACGCAGAGUGACUCACCCCCAGAGCUGAGCGCGGACCUGCGCGGCCUUUCGAGCGGCGACGAGAACGCUCUCGGCCUAAAGAUGUUCUCCAAGAAAGACCGCAAGCUGCUGUCCGAGAAUGAACUACAGAGCAUCCGUCUAAAGAUCAACAGCCGCGAGCGCAAACGCAUGCACGACCUGAACAUCGCCAUGGACGGUCUGCGCGAGGUCAUGCCUUACGCGCAUGGGCCCUCGGUGCGCAAGCUUUCCAAGAUCGCCACGCUGCUGCUGGCGCGCAACUACAUCCUCAUGCUUAGUAACUCGCUCGAAGAAAUGAAACGACUCGUCAGCGAGAUUUACGGGGGCGGAGGUGGAGGCAGCAGCGGUGCCCACCACGCGACAUUCCAUCCGUCUGCCUGCGGUACACUGACGCAUGCCACAGGUCCACUGGCCAGCCAUGCAGCUGCUGCCGCUGCCGCCGCUGCUGCAUCUCAUCCGGUUCACCAUACUCUGCUUCCUCCAACCGUGUCCAGUGCAGCUGCUUCUCUACCAGCACCAGGCCUUUCGGCCUCAGUCAGAUCACAUCAUGGACUCCUGAAGGCGCCAUCGGCCGGAGCGAGCCCCCUCACCUCGGGCUUUCAACACUGGGGCGCGAGCAUGCCGUGCCCGUGCAGCAUGUGUCAGGUCCCAGCGCCACACGUGCCCACCAUGAGCUCGGUCAUUCCGCGCCUGGCCAGCGACUCCAAAUGACUCAAUCUUUUUAAAACAUGCGGAUAAAGACCUCAUAUUUAGAGACACUUAAAGACAAUUUGUGGUUUGAUACCGCCUCAUACACUUCUUCGUGCCAUAAUUUGCUUUGUCUCCAAAAAUAAGUUGCGGGUGAAUUGGAUCAUUAAGAAAGACAGCCCAGAGACACUAACAUAGAUGUUUUUUCUAACAUGUUAGCUGAAGUAGGUUUUACAACAGGGUACCUUUAUUUCUGAGUCUAUUCUGUCUCUUUCAAAAAACAAAAUUGGGAAGUAUAACCCAAAACAUGGCGAUACGUGUGUAAAUAUGUAAAUAUGUAGUGUUUGUACAGUAUGAGAGUUUCUAUAUUAGUUUUGGGGUGAACUCGUUUACCUGAGACUGAAGUAUUGCACCUGCUCAUUUCUACCAUGUCUUUCUUAAUUUUACUCUUUCUCCCUCUUUUCUUUCUCUUUUCUCGUUUUGCUCCUGUUUUACUUUUGUCACUGUCCGA